AGUGAAUGAGACGUAUGUAUUGUUGAACUGAUUUCGUUUGUCCAUGUACUCCAAUCUAUUCUACUUUAUCUGUACAAGCCUUUUGUUUACACUUCGACUAGGACCCCGUCGCUACCUGUACCAAAUUCACCAGAACAAGAAUCGCCCACAAUUCAGUUGGAAUUGGCUUCUCGCUGUUUAGAACAGUCUGUAAGACGGUUAAUAAAACAUUAUUAUGAAUGAUGAAUCAGAUAAAACCUCGGAAACUUCUGUAUCGGAGACGUCCUCUAAUACAACAUGGGUUUUGUUCAGACAGAAAGUUGAAGAGCAUUUUGCAAAGGUAGAACGUCUUCAUGCUGUUCUGGGAACAGAAGGAGACAAUUCUUCACUGUUCGAGUUGUUUUCGACGGCUAUGAAGGCUCAGUUACACGAAAUGGAGCAAUAUAAACAAACGUUGGAAGACGAGUGUCGGCAACAUGUCGAGUCCAUUGAAUUUUUGGUAAAUUCAUUAAAGACACACAAAUUAGAGGACAAUUUAGAAAUUACACCUCCUUUGUUGCAAUGUGCAGGACGUUUGACCCAAAUUGAAAAUCAAUACUUGGCCAUGUACCAAGACAAGCUCACAGACAUUAAGGAAAUUUAUGACAAACUGGAAGUUAUUUGUACGCGACUCGGUUCAGAAUUUGUUAAGCCAGACCUGGACAAUUCUUUCCUUUCCGAUGUAUCCGACACGUUUACGGACUCCUUGCGUGUCCGACUUGAAGAAGCUGAAAAGGAAGUUAUCUCACGUACCGAGUUUGUGCGUGUCCUUGAGUCUGAAGUUUUGCAACUGUGGACAGAAUUUGGUACGGAGCUUGUUCCUGGCAGUGAAUAUGAAAAACUGUUUAAAAGACACCAAGAUCCGCCUGAAGAAAUCCCUGUAACCGAGAAGGUUAUUGAAGAGCUCGUGAUGUUAAAAGAAGAAGUGUCGAAAGAGCGGCAAACCCGACUUGAGAACAUUCAAAGCAUGAAACUAGAAGCUCAAAAGUUAUGGACACGACUUGAGAUUGAUUUUUCUGAGUUUCAGGAACGUUUAAGUGAUGAAAAUAGAUGUGAUGAUGAGACUGUUACGUUCUGGAAAGAACAGCUUGAAAAACUGUACGAGCUCAAAUUGCGACAUAUUCCUGUCUUCAUUGAGGAUGCUCGGCAUCGUAUUGAGGAUUUAUGGGACACGUUGUGCUACAGUGAGGAGCAAAGACAUCAGUUUUUGCCGGCAUUUGAACCUGCGUUUACCGAGGAGUCCUUGGUAUUGCACGAGCAAUACCUCAAAGUUUUGGAAAACGAGGUUGCGGCAAACAAGCAGCUUCUCAACUUGGUACACCGAUUUUUGACGUUGCAAGCUGAAAAACAAGAAUUGGAAAUCAGCGCCAAUGAUUCGUCCCGUCUCACACAACGCGGUCGUCGUGACCCUGGUCGUCUUUUACGCGAAGAGAAGAUGCGGAAACGUAUUCAACGUGAUCUUCCAAAGACACAAAGUGCUUUAGUCACCGAAUUACGCAAAUGGGAACGCGAUAACGGACGACAGUUUUUGGUGAAUGGAGAGUCGUUGCUGGAAACGUUGCAAGAUGCUAUGCAACCCUCUGUUUACCGGGCAGCUGCCAUCUCUGGACGUCCAAAACCAUCUGUUCAUACUACCAAUUCAAGCCGGAGCAGCAACGAAUCUGCCGGAACUCCACCUCAACAAAAUAAGCAGUCUUCUUCUGUCUAUUCCAAUAGACGCAAUAGUGGAACUUCAAAGCACACAUUGAACACUCCCCGAACCCCAACUUCACCGUCCAAGACGUCGCACUCAACGAAUCGUCGCUCCUUGAGUGCAGGCAAGCUACCAACCCCCAAGACCGGAGUUGGACGACGGACACCGUCGGCAUCACAAGUGGAUUUAAACAGCUCUGCAUUACCCACUACCACUCGUUCUCGCAGUGCUACUCAUGGAUCUGCAACGUUGAGCCAUGCCAAUACAUAUACUCCUACACCGAUGUCCAUGAGCUCUUUCCGUACAAACCUUGCUGCGAAAACACGGCCGUUUGCGGUUCCUGCUUUGACAAAAUCCACGACAACAUCAAAGGACUCCGCUAUACCCAGACCACACAUGUCUCCCCAAUCUAAACACGCGUCUCUAUUAAAAAGUCCUCAACAAUUACCCAACGACACGACAGUUCAGAGUGUGUCUGAACAAUUCCGUCGUGCCGGCAUUAAAGAUUCACAGCUACCUAGUUAUGUUCAAGAUUCUUCUCCUAUGAAACUUGACAUCAUGGUACCAAGCCCUAAAACCAUGGCACCUCCAAUUAUGAUGUCUGGAGUUUCUCCCUUGCGUAAGGAAAACUAUUCUUUGCUGUCACCGAGUGAAAGGAACGAGCAUGUUUCCAGCCAGCUUUUGGGCUUUGGAGAAAUUCAAAUGGAAGAUGAAUGGGGAGAGGAGGGUUAUUAAUGUUCAAGGUAUCCGAGCAUGUCUUAUGUAACACUUCAGGUGACUUUCAACUCGUUGUCCAAAAGGAUAUGGAAUAGUCUCACCCGUGUUGUCUGUGCUUGUGGUAAGGGCUCUCCUCUUCCUCCUCUUCGAUAUGCAUUAAGAAAACGAUUGAAAUUAGAAUGUGGUGGAAUUAAACUCUUCGUCAAAGCUUGUACAUUAAUCUUUCUUGGUAGGACGAAUGCUCAUUAACAGGCACAGGAGCCAGAUUCGUUCGUGUUGUUUAGCAGGCUAAUAGAGCCUGUCAAAUCACUUGCAUAGUCCUCGUGACUACUAUUUUCAAGAGCAGAACGAGCAAUGGAUUCAAAGGCUAUUGAAACAUUCGUACCGUCUUUGGCACUUGUUUCAAAGUGGGUCAAGUUGCCUCCUUGGUUCUUGCAAUAACUCAGAGCAUGAUUAAGCGGAACUGUCCGCUUCGACGGGUCUUUAUCGAUUUGAUUGCCAAGUAUCACGAACGGAAACGCGUUGUUAUUCAAUGACGAUGUUUGUUCAAGGAAUUCUGAACGCCAGUUUUCGACAGACUCAAAACUUUUCGCGUUGUUAACGUCGUAAACGACAAUACAGCAAUCCGCUCCUCUAUAGAAGGCCACUCCGAGACUCUGAAAUCGUUCUUGUCCUGCAGUAUCCCAUAGCUGUUGAAGAGUUAAGUGUUAGCCACGUCAAAAUCUCACUAAAUAGCACAGAACUGCGUACCUGGAGUGUGAUUGCUUCUCCGUCCACCUCUAACUCUUUUGUCAGAAAGUCUGCUCCUAUGGUUGCCUUGUAUUCUCUGCUAAAUCUAUGAUUGACAAACUGCUCUGUUAGACAACACCGUUUCCCAGUACAUGGACAAUUACAAACCUGGUUCAUUAAGGAAGUCUUACCGACUCCACUGUCGCCUAAAAUGACUACUUUAAGCAAAGUUCUACGAGGCGAUGUCAUCGGUUUGGUCGAGGUAAACACUCAACUGUGUCUGAGUCAAGUAACUACAGGAUACUGAGUUCCAACGAGCUACAACGUAAAGUUGUAAAAGUUCAAAACAAAAAACAGUAUCAGCAAACUAUUAAACGUUCAGCAUCGCCUGCUGGGUGUCCAAUCGGGUUACAUAUGCCGAGAUGUUAUUUAUCACUGUGCUGUGGGCAAUGUGAGUCAUAAUUAUGUCUGAAAGGCAUGUAACUACAAGGCAACAUACGGGAAGCAGCUCGAGAAAUAUAGGUUUUGUCUUUGUUUAUCUAUCUCUAAGACACCAUUGUUCAACGUCUCAACUUAUCUAGCAAGGUUUCCAUGCGUUCCAUCGUCUCUGCCUUUCCCAGCAAAUGGAUUGUGUUUAUUAUUCCAGCUCCAGGUGUGUUUCCACAAACUGCAAAGCGUAUAAUAGCAUACAUGAAUUUUGCAGGUAUGUCUUCAUGCGCUUUGCUGACGCGUUCUACGAUGUGAUGGAUAUUGUCUUCGUGCCACGUUGGUUCCCUAUCCAUACCCUCGAUCAUGUCACAUAAAAUAUCAACUACAGAUGCAUGUGUUAGUUUCCAAAUCGAGUUUGGUAAGAGCUUACCCGAAGUAAAGGGCUCCAAAUUUCGUUUCCAUUCUUCCAAUUCUGAAGUACUCCACUGUGGUUUUUCAAAGACAUAGCUCAUUAGUCCGGGUAAGUUUUCGAGUUUACGUAUGCGCUUCCGAAGCAGAAAAACCCAUUUUGCAAUGAUCUCCAGAUCACUAUCCUUAACAGUAUAUUGUUUCUGAAGCAAUGGAAGCGCUUCCUUGGCGAGCUCAAAACAACCAGCUUGUGUUUCUGCUUUGUGAGCUAGAUGAUGUUUGUUUAAAAAUUCCAAUUUCCCUAGGUCAACGGUGACGGAGCCUUUGGUGAUUUCUUUUAACGAAAACAAUCGGAUCAUGUCGUCCAUUUGCAGGAAAUCGCUUACUUUGCCCUUGCCCGACCAACCCAUCAAAGCAACAUGAUUAAGCACGGCUUCUGGCAUGAAUCCGUCCGAUAGCAAGUGUUGGACAUGGGCAUGGUUUUGACGUUUACUAAGUUUGGAUCCAUCUUUGUUGAACAAAAGUGGUAAAUGUGCGAAUUGGGGUGGCUUCCAGUCAAAUGCUCGAUACAGUUCCAUAUGUUUGUAUGUGGAGGGGAUCCAUUCCGCUCCACGUAUAACAUGUGUGAUGUGCAUUUCGUGGUCGUCAACAACGUUGGCGAAGUGGUAUGUCGGAAAUCCAUCCGACUUCAUAAUGACAAAGUCGUCAUGAAAAGCAGUUGGCGUUGCUGUUGAUCGUUUGGAAGACCCUGGUGACAAGCACCCGUAAACGCUAUCAUUAAAACUCGUCAUUUUGUCUGGCAUCUUAGCACGGAUAACGUACGGUACGUUUUGGCCCCGAAGCUCUAGCACUUGUUCACUCGUCAACGACAUGCAAUGUCGAUCAUAAGAACCUGAUGAACCAAUUUUUCUAGCAAUCGAUUGCAUUUUUUGGAGGCGUUCUGUUGAGCAGAAACAGCGAUAUGCGCGCCCUUGGUUUAUAAGCUGCUCUGCGUAUUUUUGAUAAAGGGAUAGUCGUUGAGAUUGAAUGUAUGGACCGUAUGGUCCAUCUCUGUUGUUCCAAGAUGUCUCAUGGGAAGGUCCCUCGUCCCAAUCGAUGUGGAACCGUCGUAAAACCUGGUAGAUUUCCUGUUCGCUGCCGGGAAUCCUUCUUUUCUGAUCUGUGUCUUCAAUACGCAAGACAAAAAGACCACCAUUCGACCGGGCAAACAAAUAGUUGUAUAGUGCAGUCCUCAAGGAGCCUAAAUGCAACGACCCUGUUGGUGAAGGUGCAAAUCUAGUCCGCACAUUUGACGAGACAUACCGGACAAAAGUUUGAAAUUUAAGUGAGGAACAUAAAGGAUUGAUCAUGUAUAAUAUAAAAGAGUUAAGUGAGGACGGGAA